UUUCUUUCUUUGGAUAUUUCUUUAGCAUCAUCAUACCUGAAAGUCAUGAUGAGUUUCACAAACCCACAAACACUCCAGCAGCUGGCAAGAAGCCUGCUGAAAGAUGAAGCCUUGGCCAUCUCUGCUCUGGAAAACCUGCCCAUGGAACUCUUCCCACCACUCUUCAAGGAUGCAUUCACCAGCAAACAACCUAAUAUCCUGAGGCAGAUGGUGGCAGCAUGGCCAUUCCCAUGCCUUCCUGUGGGAGCCCUGAUGGAGACGCCUCACCUGGAGCCCUUGAAAGCUCUGCUUGAUGGCCUGGAUUUGCUGUUGGCACAAAAGGAUCGACCCAGAUUGGCCAUGGCAAUACCUGCAGUCACUGCAGCUGCAGCAGAAACAGUAAUGGCAGUGAUUAUAGCUGCUGUAAUUCCAAAAUCUCUUUUUUGUCUCAAUAAUUGUAUGAUAGGAAAAUCUUUGCCGUCAGCUUCAACAGUGGUUGAUUUACGAGAUGCCCACCAUGACUUCUGGAAUAUUUGGGCUGAAAGACAGCAUAUCAUUUGCUCUUCAGAUGUCAUUGGCAACAACCAAGCAGUGGGAAAUCAUCCCAUCCUAGGUGGGAAACAGGCCAUGACUGUAUUGAUGAACUGUUUCCUCGUGUCCCACUGUCCCUCCAAAUAUCUCAAAUAUUUUUAUUGGUGGACCAAGCAGAAAAAUGUGAUACAGGUGAUCUGUCAGAAGUUAGAGUUUGGAGCCUUUCCUGCCUAUGACCCACUGGAUGUUUUGGAGGUUUUUGACACAGGCUCAAUCCAGGAAUCGGAAAUAAACACAUGCUGGGACAUUCACACCCUUGCUUUGCUAGCCCCUGGCCUGGGCCAGAUGAAAAACCUCCAGAAACUCACUUUCAAGGAAAUCUAUGUCCCUGUGCAUUUGCCUUGGGACCAAGAGAUAGAAACCUGCUGUUUUACAGAGAUCUUUUCCCAGUUCUCCAAACUAAAUAAGCUCCAGCAUCUCUAUUUGAAUGAUGUCUCCUUCCUGAAUGGUCGCCUGGACCAAGUGCUCAGGUGUUUGGAGAGUCCACUAGAGACCCUUGCUAUCACUUGCUGCAUGCUGUCACAAUCAGAUAUGAAGUAUCUGUCCCAGUGUCCAAUCAUCCAGCAGCUGAAACACCUGGACCUGAGUGGUGUCACCUUCCUACAUUUAGAUGAUCCAUUUCUAGGAAGCCUGCUACAAAGACUGACAGCUACUCUGCAGACAUUAAAAUUGAAGGGCUGUAUAUUCAUGGACAUGCAAAUCAGUGCCUUCCUGCCGGCACUGAGCCAGUGUUCCCAGCUCACUGAAGUCAAUUUUAUGAAGAACUUAUUGUCAAUGGGCAGCCUGAAGAAGCUGCUGCAGCAUACUGCCAACCUCACACAGCUGACCAUGGAGCAGUACCCUGCCCCUGAUGAAGUCUAUGAUGACAUUGGUGAUGUUAUUCCAGACAGAUUUGUACAACUUUGUUCUGAGCUUAUGGGCACACUCAAGGGUAUAAGGCAGCCAAAACAGGUCUACUUUUUGAGUAAGAGAUGUUUAAAUUGUGGGAAAUGCUUUUUCUAUAAUUUGGAGUCUUGUUGGGAAUAUAUAAGGUGA